AUGCGAGCCGCUAGGGUCCUCCCUGAAACCGCUGCUGCGACUGUGAAUUGCAGAGCCUUUGAGGCACCGUUUCAGCUCGUGAAUCACCGCAGUAACUCAUCGUGAUGCAGCAGCAAGUGAGCCAAACAGGCAUAAUUGAAGUGAGUUCUGCACGCUGCUAUGUCUGUUGCUUCCCUCCGAUCAGGCCGUUCAGAGUCCGCCACUGCAGCUGCAGCAGCGGCUCACCCAUCUCGUCCAGAUCCACACGCAUGUAACCAACACGGAGAUCUACCACUGAGCUUGUUCACACAAGCACGAUCGCGCGAAAUCUCAGAGAGGCAUGUUUGAUUGUACCUGCGUGAACAGGCCUCACAUGCGCCUGACUGCGGGCAUACUGUACGCACGUUGAUGGGUGUCGUGUGUGGUCUUCAUUCAGAUCACCGAGCAGCUGGCCUGUAUGCGAAAAUGGCCCCCGCCACCAUUGCAAAACAGGUGCGCUCACGCUCACACGAACCGCGAACUGCCAGACUAUGUCCCGGAACUCGUGUGACACGUGUUGCGUGUGUAGACGUGCUCACCUGUGGCCCUAUCCCUGCAGCAUGAGCUCGCCUUCGCCGUGGCGGUAGCGGCCAAUGCCCUCGGACAAGCGAGUAUGGCCCUGUCGACAGCCACAGACGUCACCAGCAAACUCGAUGACCGAGUAAGCACAUCAGAUGACAUACUCACUUGAAAUUUCUUCCAUGGGUGGUGUUUUUGUGUCUGUGUGCCGUAUGGCUAUCAGCGUCGCAAGAAGGAGGGCGCCACGUUCUGCCUAGUGUAUGAGAGCGGCAAGCGGCCCGUUCGUGAGGGACCGGCUGCCUCACCAACCGGCCAUGACCUGUUGUCGAGAAUCUUCGGGCACCUGCAGCCCUGGGAGCUCAGCCACAUCCGAACAGGUAUCGGCAAGAAGACCUUCCUGCAGGCGGCGAAGCGAUACAGACACAUCGUCAUCGACAACUCAGUCGAGUCUGUCUGCGACAUGUGGGACCGGAUGCCGCUGUCGGUGGCCUUCGAGUGGGGCACGCGCAUGCCGCUUGUCAAGACCAUUGUCGUGCGCCAUCCGCCACUCAGCAAGAAGUGGUCCACGUCCGUGUUGGCCGAGAUGGUCGACGGUCACACCAAGGCACGGAGUGAGCUGCACGAAGCCAGGCGGGCCGAGGCGGAGAGAGAGCGCAGACAGCCACCCAAGGAGGAGGGGACGCUGGAGUCCAUCAGCUUCGUCCAAGCGCCACAUAACGGCAGCUGUCUCCCGCAGGAUUCGCGCUCUCGGCGCAGCACACCCCCGCCCGCUCCCCCUCGCCCCCUAUUCUCCAUGCCCUCAGGUCCCUCAGCGGCCUCCACAAGGAUUUUUGCAACGUGAUCGACAGCCACAGGUGGCGGAUGCCAUCGCUGCGGCACGUGCAGGGCCAUCUCGUGGGUGAGACCUUCACAUGCGAGUUUCUCAAGACGUCGCGGUGUCUGGAGAGCCUGGACGUGGGGCAAGAGCACGCUGGAGCCAUCGCACGUGUGCUGCAGGUGUGCAGAUGCCUUUGCACUUGAUACCUUGACAAUCACUUGCUGAUGCAUAUUUUCAGGGUUGUCAGCUCUCGAGAUUGACGAGCAUCGGCACCAUAUCGGUGCAUGGAGCGAGCCACUUGGAUCAACUGCGGGUGCAAAUGCUUAAAGGCAGACUUGACAGCGACAAAUUCGUCGGUAAAUGGGUCUUUUCUUUGUGUUGUUUCAGGUUACCCUCUCCUCUGGUGGUUGCACCUCCCUCCAGUCGGUCACCUUCCUCAUUGCUUCCAUCGACGAGGACACAGUCGCCUCCCUCAACGCGAUGGAAGCAAUGAGGACAUCGGGGGUCGCGACAUGCACGGCAGCCAUCAACGUGCGGUUCCGGCCCCGGAAGCGCGAACAGGAUAUGGACCCCUUCUCCCUGUCGAUUCUCCACAACUGCCCCGCCAUCUCACUGUCGUCCCCGUUUGUCCGAGACAAGCUCUGCAAGCUCGCCAAGAGUGCCACUUCGAUCGUGUGGCACCCUGAUGAGGCCUACCUGACCAACCCUCACGAAAUCGGCGACCACGCCAAGCAGCUGGCCGCCAUGCUGCGAUUCCCCAAAGCGAGGGCCCUCGAUAUUGGUCAUUUGGGGGAAGUCGCGGCCUUCCAGCUGCCGGCUGCUUCCUCUCAUGCGUGGUCGCCACUUGCCCAUCUCUCGGUCAGGGCACUCCCCAAGACGUUGGCCGAGCUGCAUCCCACAGGACGGUUCGGGUUCGAGGCCGUGCGGCUGCUGGCGGCGGCAGGCAAGAUCAAGAACGUCAAAAACAUCCAUGCCGGUCAUGGGCCACGUAUGCCGGCGGGUGAGAUUCCGCGGCUGCUGGCUGCGAUGAAAAAGAAGAGAGUGAUCGACAAGGUGGAUGUCAAGGUCACCGCGGAGGGAACGGGGAUAAUGUGGGGCGAUGAGGCUAUCGCUGAGACUCUCCCAUGUAUACGACACCUAGCCGUCGACCUGACGGGUGGGAGCGCAGACACAAGAAAGAGCACACAGGACAAUGGGUGGGCAAUGCGUUACUUUCCCAUGUGUGUGUGUGUGUGUGUGUGUGUGUGUGCAGUGCCGGAUGAUGCGGCAGCCGCCCCGUUUGUGUAUGCGAGCGUCACAUCGUGCGUCAAGAUCCGUGGCCUGCGACAAGUCGCAAUGCGGGUUUACCAUGUCACUCAGCCACGGACUGUCGACAAGCAGAUCGUUUCGCUGCGUCAUUUCCACCCGAUUGACGGCUGGUCAGUGUCAUCGGACCGUCUGUGGGGCGAUGGAGUGGAGGUGGAGGCCUUCAAGCGGCCAGUCAGUGAGGUGAGCGAUCGUUCGUAAUAUGUCGUGCAUUGCGUUAUCUGUGGUGGAUGAUGUUUCUGUGUGUGCCGUGCGUUGUAUGCAUACAGGUCUUUCAAGACGAAGGCGAUGCAGACCUGUGUAUGUCAUGAUGGAGAUUACACCCAUCCUGGCACUGGUGGGUGGGGAUACGCAACCGGUGUGUGAGUGUGAGUGUGAGUGUGUGUGCGGUGGCUGACACACGUUUCAAUUUG